UCCGUGUAGAAUCCCUACCAGGUCUACAUGAGGUUCUAAUCGGAACUUCGGAAUUCUCGUGAACGCGCUCAGUAAUCUUAAUCUUAUAAUUCAAUUUUCAUACACACUUAACACCUACUAAGAGAGUACACGUAAUCUCGUGCACACACACAAACACACACAAACAUACACAAACAUUCACGGUGUAAAGCCCAAGGUCAGUAUCUAUGAGCUCCACCCAAUCGGAUAUGGUAGCGAUGAGGAGGGGGAUCCUAAACUCGGUGCGAUUGGUGAAAAUGACGAUGGUUCGAAGGUGAAACUCACUCUCCACGUCGAAGGUAUUUUUCAGCCUGGAAAUGCACACGAGAUUGAGCUCUUCACAAAUGUGCCACACGGCUCUGAAUGUGUGUGUGGAGACAAGCUCGAACACAACGAGAUUAAGGUAUCGUCCAAGCUGGUUGAUGAUAAGUCCGAUUUUAUUGACUUGAUGUUCACACAAGAUGGAGAUGUUGGUAAAUUCGAAAUUGAGGUCCCUUAUGAUUCUGAAGCUUUUACAGCGGUAAACGAUCAAAAUCCGAAGAUCGGGUUUUUUGACGCCUGUGAGUAACGUCUUUCAACAUUGUUUUUGAUGUUCCGCUGUUCGAUAGAACUUUGUUUCCGACUUAACCACUCAUGUUCUUUUGUUGCAUUCUAGGUGCUCGGGUUUCCUACAAGCACAACGAUUUAUACGAGCAGGAGUUUGCGAACGACAACAUGUGCCACCUUUACGAUCUAAAUUACGUCUCCUUCGUCGACACACAUUUUUCCGUCGAAUUUAAUAAGGAAGGAAAUUUCCAGACUUUUGAGAAAGAAUCCAUAAAGGUUGUGACGCCCUACAUAAGCAUGAAUGAUGAAGAUGAAACCACUCCAGUCGCUUUGGAAGCGUUUCUGUGCGGUCCGGACGGUUCGGGAAACCCAAACCGUGCGUACAAGAUAGGUCAAGACUUCGCCAUCUGCGUCCGUCCUGUUGCUGAAGCGAUCAGGAAUGUAGAAGCUGAUGGUGGCUUUAUUGCUGUGGAUGGAUUUGAUUUUGUAUUGUGUGCCGAUUCUUUGGUAGUGAGUUCUGGUGAACAUAAAGACUUGACAGAUGU